AUGAAGGUUUUCAGCUUCAUCCUCGCCCUCGCCUCCGUCGCCGUGGUUGCGGCGCUCCCCCAGCAGACUUGCGACAAGUCCGUCUGCAAGCAGCGCUGCGAGGACGCCGGCCAGCAACUCGACGCCGCCGACUGCUGGGGCGAGGCCCCUGUCUGCGCUUGCAACACCUCGCUCAGCGUCUGGGGGAGGGAGUUUGGAACUUGGCCGUCCCCGUACAUGUACUUCGGCAAGUUAGAACGUGAGGUUUCGUCAGAGUUGAACAUGGGUAUCUCCUGCUGA